UCAGAAAACAUCUGAUGCUAAUCAUGUGCACCACAACUGGGUUCCCUCCAUCUUCCCAUAUCUUCAACGAUGGGAGCAGCUGUAUGGUAUGAAAUUAAAUUUGUACAAUAUUUACCAGACGAUCGAUUGAGUAAAUAUGGUAGGUAGAUUUACUAUAUUAAUUUAAUAGUCAAUAUUGUGGAUCAUAUCGAUGUCGAACCAUUCAUAGCUUAGUCCUUAUUCUUAUUAGGGUAAUGCUAGAGGUUACUACACCUUAAUAACUAUGUUAUAUACGUAGGACGGGAUUUUAUUUGUCACGCCAUUAUAAUGACAGAAAAACUUGUGUAGGGAUGUCCCUACCAUGUGACAGGGUUGCAAUCGAGGAAAAAGUUGACUUGUGAUUAAGUUUUAAAAAGGUCCAGUGUACGUGUACGCAACAGGGAGCAAACAGCACCUGUAUGUGAGCGAUCCCAAGCUGUUAAAGGAACUUAAAUUGCAAAACUACAUGGAUUUGGGUGUACCUAGAUAUUUGAGCAAGCCACUCCAGCCCUUGAUAGGUGACAGCAUUAUUCGAGCCAACGGACAAGAUUUUGCCUACCAGAAGAAAGUCAUUGCUCCUGAAUUCUUCCUCAACAAGGUUAAGGGUAUGAUUUGUCUGAUGGAGGCAUCUGCUGUGACUUUUCUUAAGACAUGGGAAAGCCGUGUACUUGAAAGUGAGGAAGGUGUUGUGGACAUAAAAGUUGAUGAGGAAUUGAAGACCCUCUCUGCUGAUAUCAUCUCAAGAGCUUGUUUUGGUAGCUCUUACUCCCAGGGCAACCAGAUUUUUGCAAAGAUUGCUAUCCUCCAGGAGGCCUUGUCCAAUCCAAGUUUGCUCUUUGGCUUUCUCAAUUUUAGCUUAUUUCCCACAGAGAGUGAGAAGAAGAUUAAGAGUUUGAGAAAAGAGGUGGAUGCUUUGUUACUCAAAUUAGUGAGAGAUCGCCAAAAGGAAAGCCAAUCGGGAGGCACGUCAGAAAAGGACCUAUUACAAAUGAUACUCCAAAGUGCUGCUAAUAACAGCACUGACAGGCCUCAACAAUAUAUGCUCAAAACAGACCAAUUUAUUCUGGAUAAUUGUAGAAGCAUCUACUUUGCAGGAUCUGAGACCACAGCUCUCACAGCAUCCUGGACACUGAUGCUCUUGGCAUUGCACCCAGAAUGGCAAGAACGUGUUCGUGUCGAGAUUGCUGAGGUCUGCGGGGACGAUGAUGAUCAACUGCGUCAAUGCUUGAAAGACAUGGACAACCUGAGCAAGUUGAAAACGCUGACAAUGGUGAUUCAAGAGAGCCUGCGGCUGUAUGGGCCCGGAGUCAUAUUGGCAAGGGAAGCUCUAGCAAAAAUGAAGUUGGGGGACUUUACCGUGCCGGAAGGCGUCCAUAUAUGGACGCUCAUUCCGACAGUGCACCGCGAUCCCGAAAAUUGGGGUCCGGAUGCUAAUGAGUUCAAGCCAGAGAGGUUUGCAAAUGGGGUGUCUGAGGCAUGCAAGUAUCCACAAGCAUACGUGCCAUUUGGUCAUGGGAGCCGAUCGUGUAUAGGGCAGACUUUUGGCAUGGUGCAGCUCAAGAUAGUGCUUCCUCUCAUUCUGUCCAAGUUCUCAUUUUCCCUUUCUCCAAAUUAUCAACACUCCCCUGUUUAUAAAAUGCUGUUGUUGCCGGAACAUGGAAUCAGACUCCUUGUUAGGCGUGUGCAGUGAUUUGAAGGCAGCUAGAGCUGGUUUAAGGGUACAAUAAAACUGUUUGUAAAUAGACAGACCCUAUUUGUAAAACCACUACCGUACAAUGUGCUAAAUAUAAUGUUAAUCACAGAAUUAUCUGUCAUAUAUUUUAAUAUUUCAGACUGCAAAUGCCAUUAUAUAAAACUUUGUUUUUUUUUGUUUUUUGUAGUUACAUUGGAGAAAAGAAACCCACUAGAUUCGAUCCUGGGUGCCAUGGAGAAGGGGGAAUCC